GUUGACUAUUAUAUUUUCAAAGCAUGUUGGGCGAAUUUGUAAAGUAACAUUUUCCUUUGCCAAAAGAUCACAUGUGUCACACUUUUUUUUUUUUUUAAGCUAUUGUUAUUGAUCAGUCUGCAUUCAUUAAAGCAAAGGGUGAGGCAAAUAUUUAUACACUGACUUCAAGUGGCCGCAACUUUCAAAAUUAAGUAUCGACUUGAGAAAAUCAAACGAGAGCAUAAAGUGCAAUUACUUUGCUAUGUAUGGUGCAGCAUUUUAAGUGUCAGGUGCCGGGCCUAGUUCCUAUAUGCUGUAAAUUGUUUUGUUUUUUUGUAGUCAUUCAAUAAUUGAUCUAUCUAUCGAUUGUAUUAAGGUGGAGGACCACAGCCACAUGCAAACCCUUUACACGAGCUCGUGCUAGAUUGCAUGCCAGACGAAGUUGUCGACGGAGUGAUGCCGAAUGGGGCAUGUGAAACAAUUCCCCAGUCCCAACCACAGGAGGUUCUACCCACUCCAACCCUAAAGAAACACCCCAAGAAACACAACCAGCCAAAGAAGAAGACAGGCAAAAAGAAGGGGCCCGGCAACAAGGAGGUUGAUCUUUUAGGCAUGAACAGGGAAGUUGUUUCUUUGACAAAAGAAAAAAUGCUACUCAAGAGACAGUCCCUCGAGUAUCAGAAGGAGACCAUCGAGGUCCUGCGGGAGAUCAAUGCGACCCUGCAGAGAGCAUUCCCCAGCAGCUCCGCUGUCGCUUUGUUUAAUUCCAUGUCAGAGCAAUAAUUUUGAUUAUUUAUUCUCGAUUAAUUUCGGGAAAUGAGCAGCUAAAUUAACCACCAGCCUAAUAAAUUUCCCGCGAAAACGCAUGCUACUGAAAAGGGUCAUUCGAUUUAUGUUUAAGACUAUAGUCAAAAUGUACUUUUGCGUUAUUUGAUUUAACAAAAUAAUCAUUCAAUUUAAUGAAGCUGUAUUCAAAUUCGUCGGAGUUUCACUUUUCGGCUGGGAUCGUACACCCGAUUCUUACUUUGUUCUCCAGAAAAGAUAUCUUUAAAGACAGUGGACAUUAUUGGUAACUGCCAAAAUCCAGUCUUCUCACUUGGUGUAUCUCAAAAUAU